AUGCCGGUCUGGUUUGCUGUUUACCUGGCUCUUGUUUGGUCCCAAAUAGCUUUCUCGAGUGCGCCUGAAUCGAUGGCAUGCCAUUAUAAGUUCGAGAUCCAACCCGACUACUUUGUUGAUUACUUUGAGGCUGCAAGGCAAUGCCCUGGCAAGAAGCUAACGACAAGGCCGAAUCUUGGGCUGAUCGACAAAAGCUACAAUGAUGGGAAGCAAUCGCAAGCUGUUUCCGAGACGUCAUUGCCCUGGGAGCGCUUCGCAGCUCACAUCAGGGGUCUGAAUGCAGAUUCCCCUGAUCAUGUCUCUUACAAGGUCCUCUUCCUCAUGAGACACGGCCUCGGCGUCCACAAUGUCUUCAUGGAGAAAGUGGGCGGACAGGCUUGGAGGGAUUACUGGUCACAUCUAGACGGCGACGGCAAUGUUGUCUUUCGAGAUGCAAAGCUCGUGGAUCAGGGAGUUCAGCAAGCCAAUAUCCUGGCAGGCUUUUGGUCUAAAGCAGUGUCCGAGUUGAAGGUGCCGCUGCCCGAGACUGUCUACUCGAGUCCCUUGGCCCGAUGCCUAGAAACCACGCGGAUAGUCUUUUCGAGGCUCUUUGAACAACUGGGGCAGUCAUUGCACCCCAACAUCAAGGAGCUGCUCCGAGAGCGACUGACAGAUCACACUUGUGACAGUCGGAGCAGUCGCACUUGGAUAGAGAACAACUACCCAACUUUCAUUAUAGAACCUGGCUUCACAGAGAAUGACGAGCUCUGGAAACGUGACCGUUCAGAGACACCAGACGAGCACGUCGCAAGAAAACACACGGUUCUGGAGGACAUAUUCUCCAAUGACCCGCAUCAGUUUAUUGCUCUUACCAUACACUCUUAUGCCAUGUCUGCCAUUCUGCGCGCGUGUGGAUCGGAGGAAUUUAGGAUUGCUGAAGGCUCUUUGGUAGCUUUGGUGGUGCGAGCUGAGAAGAUUGGGGCUUCGCAAUUAGGUACUUCAUAA